AGAAGGCCUAGGUAGAAAUCUCCCAUGAUUCCAUGUAAGCUUGGUUUUCUCUCAAGAUGGCGACGGCAACGAGAGCUAUUCAAGCGAUUCGGAAUUUUCUCAUUGGCAAAAGACUGACAGUUUCUUCUCGUUAUGCGUACGAUCAAUCUGCAAGAACACAGCCGAAUCCUAACAUCCCAGAUGGUCCUGCUCACAAACUAAGUCAUAAUUACUACUGUGACCGAGAUCUGCGUCGAGCUUCAAUGCCACCAGUUGUAUUGUAUGGCCAGCAGAAGCUGCUAGAAGAGGCUGCAGAGAAAGGGGGAGAAGGAGUCAAAUCACUAGCUGCAAAAACUCCAGGAAAAGUGUUCAAUCCAGAUCAGUGAUGGCUUCUGGAAAAGCUAUCAUGCUGUUGUAUCUGGGAUAAACUAUUAUUUCCACUCUAAAUUUUUCUUUUUUGAUGAACUCAAGAUUUUCCUCUGAACAAGCAGGAGUGUCAUAUGAGAAAGAAAUAAGCCCAAUAUUUUUUUCUACUGGGCAAAGUCUGUUCCUUGUGGUUUUCUAAAAUUAUUAGAACCGUGGCUGAUAGUAUUUAUAGCGAUUUGAGUUUUGAGUGUCUUAAUGCCAAAUUGUGGAUUUUAAGGAGUAUAAAUCAGACCUUUUCAGACUGGCUGACUUUAAGUUUGUUGAAACCAUUACUUUCUUGAGAUGUCAAGUCUUAACAUCCACUGAAUUUUGUGUUUUAAAAUUUCAUGUGAUGUUCUGUAUGGGUUUAUUUCAGAGUUAAGGUUAAAUAUAAAUGAGGUAUUUGGAAUUCUGUUUUGUAUAUAAUGUAAUUUAAAAGAAUAAAGGUGAUUUCACAGAAAUCUGAUUUCUGACAA